AUGGGACAUCUCAUCACUGUUGCGACUUGUUCGCUGAACCAGUGGGCAUUGGACUGGGAAGGAAAUGCCGCUCGAAUUAUUGAGAGUAUCCAAAAGGCAAAGGCAGCUGGAGCUCGCCUGCGUGUCGGUCCUGAACUAGAGAUAUGCGGCUACGGAUGUCUCGACCACCUCCUCGAGCAAGACCUCUACCUGCACUGUUUCGAGAUGCUUCGUCGCAUCCUGCUCGACGAGACCUGUCACGGCAUCCUCCUCGACAUCGGUAUGCCCGUGCAGCACCGCAACCAGCGCUUCAACUGCCGGGUGCUCUGCCUCGACGGCAAGAUUCUCAUGAUCAGGCCCAAGAUGUGGCUCGCUAACGAUGGUAACUACCGCGAAAUGCGCCACUUCACGCCCUGGAUGCAUCCCAGACAGACGGAGGAGUACCAUCUGCCCCGGAUCCUCCAGGAUAUCCAGGGGUCUACCCACGUCAUCUUUGGCGACGCCGUGGUUUCCACUCCCGAUACGUGCUUUGGAGCAGAGACCUGUGAAGAGCUCUUCACGCCCAAUGCCCCGCACAUCGCAAUGAGUCUUGACGGCGUAGAGAUCAUCACCAACUCCAGUGGCUCACACUUCACCCUGCAGAAGCUCGACACUCGUCUCCAGCUCAUCAUGGAAGCCACGCGCAAGUGCGGCGGCGUCUAUCUCUACGCCAAUCAACAGGGUUGCGACGGCGACAGGCUGUACUACGACGGCUCCGCCAUGAUCUUGGUCAACGGAGACGUCGUGGCUCAGGGGUCGCAAUUCAGCCUGAAUGAUGUUGAGGUCGUCACGGCCACUGUCGACCUUGAAGAAGUUCGCGCCUACCGUUCGGCCAUCUCUCGCGGUCUCCAGGCUGCGCGAUCUGAUGCCAAGUAUCAGCGGAUCCAGACUGCUUUUGAGCUUAGCUCCGAGGACGAGGACGCGGAUAUCAUGAUCACCCCUUCGCCCCCUAUCAAGCCCAAGUAUUACUCGGUUGAGGAAGAGAUUGCUCUAUGUGCUGGCUGCUACCUCUGGGAUUAUCUCCGCAGAUCCGGAACUGCAGGUUACUUGGUACCCCUGAGUGGAGGAAUUGACUCUUGCGCCACAGCGACAAUCGUCUUCUCCAUGUGUCGCAUCGUAAUGAAGGCCGUAGAGGAGGGUAACGCCCAGGUAAUCGAGGACGUCAAGCGCCUGGCAAAGUACGACGGCGAAGGCGUGCUCCCCAAGACGCCCCAGGCUCUCUGCAACCAAAUCUUCUCAACCAUCUACAUGGGCAUGAAAACGCAGAGCUCCGUCGAGACGCGUCAGCGCGCCAGGGACCUCGCCGAAGCCAUUGGCAGCUACCACAUCAACCUCGAUAUUGACGACGUCUACAACGCCCAAAAGAGCCUCGCCGUCACGGCGCUCAACUUUGAGCCGAGGUUCAAGGUCGAAGGCGGGACGAACCAGGAGAAUCUGACGCUUCAGUGUAUCCAGGCGAGAAUCCGCAUGGUGACCGCGUACGAGUUUGGGCAGCUUCUUCCCACGGCCCGCGGACGACCUGGCGGUGGCGGUCUGCUUGUUUUGGGCAGUGCAAAUGUCGGAGAGUCCCUCAGAGGCUACUUUACCAAAUAUGAUUGUUCCAGUGCGGAUAUCAACCCGAUUGGCUCCAUCGACAAAGCCGACCUCAAACGCUUCAUCGCGUGGGCCGAAAAGGACUUCAACAUCCCGUGUCUCCACGACUUCCUAACGGCGGUCCCGACCGCAGAGCUUGAACCCAUCUCAGAGACCUAUGUACAGAGCGACGAGGUGGACAUGGGCAUGACCUAUCAAGAGCUGACCAUCAUGGGCCGCCUCCGCAAGGUGAACAAGCUGGGCCCGUACGGCAUGUUCCAACGCCUUGUCCACGACUGGAGCGUCGACCGCAAGCGUGGUCCCGAUGAUGAUGCUCCCGCGUACGAGCCUAGCCAGACGGCCGAUAAGGUCAAGAAGUUUUUCCACUUUUACGCCAUCAAUAGACACAAGAUGACGACGCUUACACCGGCUCUUCACUGCAAUGACUACUCACCCGACGACAAUAGGUUCGACCUCCGACCCUUCUUGUAUCCCCCCUUCUGGAAGAGCUGGAGUUUCAAAAAGAUUGAUGCGGAGCUUGCAAAGAUUGAGAAGCGGAGGGCAAAGACCAAGGCAUAA